GUCAAAUGUAGGGGUAUCCCUGGGUGGCUCAGCAGUUUAGUGCCUGCCUUUGGCCCAGGGUGCAAUCCUGGAGUCCUGGGAUCGAGUCCCACAUCGGGCUCCCGGCAUGGAGCCUGCUUCUCCCUCCUCCUGUGUCUCUGCCUCUCUCUCUCUCUCUGUGUCUAUCAUGAAUAAACAAAUACAUAAAUAAAUCUUUAAAAAAAUAAAAAAAUGUCAAAUAUGAGAAAGAUUUCUGUUCAUUAAAGCUGAGUGAUGGCCAAUAUUUUAAAAAGCUCUUUUUGGUAGAUGGGUCUCUAUCUCAGCCUUGAUUGAUUUCAGUAAUCUCAUUCCCAGGAGCACUCUAGAAAAGAGUCAAUGGAGGGUUUGUCUAUGCCAUAAUAAAAGAGGACACAAUGCCACUAAGAAGCAGGUUAGUUCAGUUCCUGGUGUCCCAGGAAUAUUAAGAUUUUAUAGCACCUCGCCCCUUUUAUUCUAUCUGGCAAAACUCAUUGGCAAAAACAAAAAGUAUACAUAAAUAGAUGUAUAUAUGGAGAUGUUAACAUAGUCCUACAGUCCUACAGCCGAGUGGGUCAGGAAUUUGGAACGGAUUUAGUGCGGAAGUGCUGUGGGGAACACUAAGGUCUGGGGAAUCAGUUCUUGAUUCAGGAGCAGGAAGAGAUGGUUUUCUAGUACAAACCUAAGUGAGAUCACAAGGUUAGGUCCUGGAUGAAUUGCUUUGUGUUUCCUAACUUUCAAUGAGCUCGUGCCCUUUUGUUGUACUACGUCUGGCACUGUCACAAUCAGAAACUGCACGAAGGCUCAGACGGCCAACGGCGCUGUUGCAGGUUCACACACGGAGCCUUACUUCUGUUGAGCCCAGUUGGGACCACGAACCUGUAUCGACUCUCACAGACGCCUAUGGAUUGCGCAGGAAAUCACGCAGUUUGCACAGAGAGCAGCAGGUAACGGCACGAGGGUUUCCUUUCAGCAUCGGGAGACUUUCUGCUAUGUCUCUGUGUGAAGACAUGCUGCUGUGUAACUACCGCAGGUGUCGACUCAAACUCUCUGGCUAUGCCUGGGUCACUGCCUGCUCCCACAUCUUCUGCGAUCAGCACGGCAGUGGAGAGUUCAGUCGUUCCCCAGCUAUCUGCCCUGCCUGCAACAGUACCCUUUCUGGAAAGCUGGACAUUGUCCGCACGGAACUCAGUCCCUCAGAGGAGUACAAAGCCAUGGUGCUGGCUGGACUCCGACCGGAGAUCGUGUUGGACAUCAGCUCCCGAGCACUGGCCUUCUGGACGUACCAGGUACAUCAGGAGCGUCUCUAUCAGGAAUACAAUUUCAGCAAGGCUGAGGGCCAUCUGAAACAGAUGGAGAAGAUAUAUACUCAGCAAAUACAGAGCAAGGAUGUUGAAUUGACCUCUAUGAAGGGGGAGGUCACCUCCAUGAAGAAAGUGCUAGAAGAAUAUAAGAAAAAGUUCAGUGACAUCUCUGAGAAACUUAUGGAGCGAAAUCGUCAGUAUCAAAAGCUCCAAGGCCUCUAUGAUAGCCUUAGGCUGCGAAACAUCAGUAUUGCUAACCAAGAAAGCACCCUUGAACCAUCCAUGAUUGCACAAUCUGGUGUUUUUGGCUUUCCAUUAGGGAACAACUCCAAAUUCCCUCUGGAUGGUACACCAGUACGAAAUCGGGGUGGCGGAGAUGGAGAUUUUCAGUUCAGACCAUUUUUUGUGGCUUCUCCCACAGCACCGGAACCCAGCAACAGCUUUUUUAGUUUUGCCUCCCCAAGUCGUGAGUUAGAACAGCAGCAAAUCUCUAGCAGGGCCUUUAAAGUAAAAAGAAUUUAGCUCACUUUACAAAGUAUUUCUCUCUUCACUAUCAGUGAUCUCAUUUAGCAAAUAAUCUUUUAUUCUAGUUAGGAGUCACCGACCUCUGUGUGCUGUUACAUUUUCAACUUAGGAGAAACUCAGUGUCGGUAGGAGUGGCUUUAGAGUCUGGUUUCUUUUCCUGUUUCCAUUAUUUAAUGCAUGAGCAUUAUAUUAAAGUCACCUUUAUUGUGAAUUGUUGAGUUUUCACCUGUAGUGAAAAUGUUAAAAUAUUAUUACGUGUUUUGUGGAUCACCAUUUGUUUUCUAUGUUAUUUCUGACUAAACUAGGUGUUUAUGUAUAUAAGCACCUAUGUUACAUGUCUGCUUGUCACUUUGUGUUCUGGUAUUUAUGCAUAUAUGUAUAUAUGUAUAUUCCUUUAUAUUGAUAUUUUGUUGGAUUUGCAAGUAUAUUUAUGUGAAGAUUUUGGUCUCAGGAAAUGGCAGGUGAAUCUACAGCUUGUUAUUUGGAUAUGUUUAUCUAUUUGUAUGUAUUUGCCCUUGUAUUAAUUUGUUUGGAGGUACGCUCAUGUGGGCGAAUAAGAAGACAAUUUGACGCUUGUAUGUUGUCUGUAUUUCUAUUUAAUAAAGUUAUUUUAUAAGUUGAUUUUUUGGCAUUUGUUUUAAAAUGAAAUGACUAUCUUUUUGUCUUGAACC